AUGCGAAAUACACCUGUUAUCGCCAUUACUAUAGUAAGUUUUCAAGUGUUAAUCAAUAAAACUAAAAUGACAGUUUUUAACACUGUUUUGGAGACAACAAAUGGGAACGAUUUGCGAGUUGCCAACGACUCCAGCAAUCUCUCAGUGUCCAGUUCAAUGAGACGAGUGAAUUUAUUUAUCGCGUAUUUUCACUUUCACGGUGUUCACAGUGUGCAUCUGGUCAUUUGUCAUGAUGACACGAAGAAACGUGAAAUUCAGACGAUUCUUGGCAGCUUAUUGGAUGAAGGUUUCUAUGUGCGCACCUACAAUGGUCGCGACUACAAUGAUGAAGUUAUAACUGCUCGAUUAUUUGAACCGCCAAUAACUUUUCGUAGCGACAAUAAAACUAAACGUCCAAUAAAUUUUAAACUAGAAUCCUUAGCCUUCAAAACUGGUUAUAUUCUAAUUGAUUUUGCCACAUCCUGUGCAUUAAAUGUUUUGUCCUGGUCAGCUGCAAGUGAGCAAAAUUAUUUCACAACAAAUCGCUUCUGGUUGUUAUUGACAGAGAGGAAGGAAGAUAUACAAUUGUUAAAUGAUGAAGAUAUUUUCAUACCGCCUGAUGCAGAAGUCCGCAUUUUGGUACAACACAAUAAUUCAAAUCAUUUUAAUCUCAUUGAUGUGUACAAAAGUGCUAAGGAACAACCGAUUCAUGAACACAAUGUAGGGAAUAAGCUUAGUUCUGCAGAAGAUAUGCUGCGGGCUUUACGAAAAUUUGGAUCUGCCAUAACACACCGUCAAAAUCUGGGUGGCAUCACCUUUAAAACUGGUUUAGUCAUAGCAUUUCCAGAUAUGUUUACACACAUUGAGGAUUUAUCACUGCGACACAUUGAUACCAUAUCAAAAGUCAAUAAUCGUCUAACAAUUGAACUCGCCAACAAACUGAAUAUGAGUUUCAACACCCAUCAAACUGAUAAUUACGGUUGGCAUCAAUCAGACAAUUCCUUUGAUGGUUUAAUGGGUCGCUUUCAGCGCUAUGAGUUAGAUUUUGCACAGAAUGCCAUUUUCAUGCGCCUGGAUCGCAUUGCGUUAGUGGACUUUGUAGCUGAAACAUUUAGGAUACGCGCAGGUAUUAUGUUCCGUCAACCGCCUUUGUCAGCCGUGAAAAAUAUAUUCGCUCUGCCAUUUGAAAUUGAUGUCUGGAUAUCGAUUUUUAUGUUGAUGGUAUUUGUAGCUUUUGUUUUGGCCAUGGAGUUAAUGUUCUCACCGUACGUUCACGAUAUGGACUAUGGAGACUGUGUGGUUUUUGUAUGGGGCGCUAUGUGUCAACAAAGUUUCUAUGUAAACUUAGGGAAUCGUUCAGCACGGGUUAUUAUAUUUACUACAUUUGUGGCCACUGUGUUUCUGUUCACGUCUUUUUCUGCCAAUAUUGUUGCUCUACUACAAAGUCCAUCGGAAGCUAUACACACGCUAAGCGAUUUAAGUCAGUCACCUUUGGAGAUUGGUGUGCAAGAUACAGUCUAUAAUAAAAUUUAUUUUAAUGAAUCAACUGACCCCAUAACUAAUCGAUUAUAUCACAAAAAAAUCGCACCAAAAGGCGAGAAUAUUUACAUGCGUCCACUUAUUGGUAUGGAGAAGAUGCGUACCGGCUUAUUCGCCUAUCAAGUAGAGCUACAGGCGGGGUAUCAGAUAAUAAGUGAUACAUUUAGCGAACCAGAGAAAUGUGGUCUCAAAGAAUUAGAACCUUUUCAACUACCCAUGAUUGCCAUUCCGACACGAAAAAAUUUCCCCUACAAAGAACUUUUUCGCAGACAAUUGCGCUGGCAACGUGAAGUUGGUCUUAUGAAUCGUGAAGAACUUAAGUGGUUUCCACAAAAACCAAAAUGUGAAGGUGGAGUUGGUGGCUUUGUUUCCAUUGGUAUUACAGAAUGUCGCUAUGCUUUAGGAAUGUUUGGCUUCGGGUUUUUCCUGGGUUUAUUUGUCUUUUUCUUUGAAGUCAUUUUUAAACGCAAUAUAGUAAUUUGCCUUACAAAUCGUAGUGACCACAGAAAUCGUGAACAUACCUUCAAUAUGAUUUACACUUGUGACAAUGAUAUUCGUGCAAUUGUUGUAAUGAACAAAAAGUAA